AUGGCUCACUGCCAGCUCGCGGUCCCCUCAUUCGUGUCAUUCUGGCUCCCCCUCAUUCCCAAUGAAGAGGAGGAGGCGAAGAUCAAGAUCAACGACGAGCUCAUCGCUACCCUGAAGGAACAGCUGAGCGCCAGUCACUCCAUCGAACCUGAGCCUGACAGCAAGGCGCCCACUGCCAUCGACCAGGCCAUGGCCAAGUUUCAAGAGGCGCAGGCUCAGGAGGGUGUGAAUGGAACUGGCUCGACCGAGACCAACCCUGCCAACCUGCCCUCCCUCGAUGUCGCUGAUCUCGCCAACGUGACUCCCACACGUGGCAGUAACAUGCAUCUCGUUUCUUCAUAUGGAAACCGUGACAUGGUUCGAGGGACCUUUGCCGGCGAGUCAGCCUUCUCGCCCCUCAACAUCAAGAAUAGCGGCAACGGCCUCCCUAGCACCAUGCAGCCUCCUUCGUGGACCCGACCCAACAGCCGGGGCAUGCCCGAGAGCAUCAACGGCCUCGGCAGUACCAUCAUGCGCAGCGCCACUCCUGCCAGCCAGAACGGCUUCAACAGCGGCGGGGCCAUCGUGUUCGGUCGCCCCAUGAGCCGCAUGGGUCAGCAUGGCGGAGCUGGUCCUCGCUCCGGCCCUCCUGCCUUCCGGCCUAAGGCCCCGGAAUUCCAUCCUGGUCACAAUGGUCUCAACGGCAGCGGCAGUGGCAGCGGCUCGGGCCACGGCAAUGCCAUUGUCCAAAUGUCGAACACGUCUUGGAGCCAGCACCAGCGUGGCUACGGACCCAACCAGUCUCCCGGCCCACACCACGGUCAUCCUCGCUCCCGGGGUGGUUCCCAGGGCUGGCAGGAUGUUCAGAAUGGUGGCUUCAAUCACUCCGGCCCUAAGCGUCCCCAGUGGGCCAACAGCCAGUACGAUAACCGCGCCGUCGUCGCUCGUUCCCAGCCCGUCAUCCCUCUCGGCCAGACCUACGGAGGCAUCACUGACGAUCUCGGCCGAUUCGAGAGGCUUUCCAGGAACUCUUUGGUAUCGCUCGUGGCUUUAUUGCACCUGGCUUGCGCAGAGACGCUGCCAACAAUCCGCUACGAGCAGUACCGCGAGAGCCGCAUCGAGUACUUCGCCACGGAGCUCCAGAGCAUGCUCGGCCCGCUCAUGAACGAGUUCGCCGACCUUGAACAAGCGGGCAACGACCUGCGCUCGGUCGUUGGCAAGGCAUGGUCCCUCUCGGCCAAGACGCUCACCUCGCGCAUGACUUUUGAGUACCGCUUCCCCGAGGCCGGCUGCCGCUUCUCCAUGCAGAGCAUGGUCGCCGUCGCCCCCAGCAUUGACGGCUACGUCCUGCAGGCGGAGCACUGGCGCGUCCAGCUUGUCGUCACGCCCGUCAUCACCGUGCGCAACGACAACGGCAGCACCCUGUCCGUCCACGUCACCAACCUCGCCGAGGUUCUGCUCAUGAAGUGA